GAGUGAGAGGAGAGGAGAGGAGAGGAGAGGAAUUGGCUUUUGUAUUUGUUUUAUCAAUUUUUCCUUGGUGUUGGGGUAAUGGAUUCCUCCCCGGCCAAGUGGGGGGUGGUGGGGCCUAUUUGGGGCAUUGUCUGGUGGUUUUGGGGGCACUGCACGCCCUUUCAUGCCCCAUCGUUGGCUCUUUACUAGACCAACGUGAGCCAGGACCACACCCCCUUACCCUUAGACCCUAUAUAAUAAGAACCCAUUCCUCCUCAUCAGACCAACACAACACAGCGCAACAACAUAGUUUAAGCUCUCACUGAUCAAACAAAAACACCAAAAUAAAAGCCUUCUUUAUUAGAGAUCAAUGAAGAGGGGUAGUGCUAGUGCCACCAAGAGAUCAUCAUCAAGGCUAUCAACAAGAGGACUUGGAGGGGUCCUUAGAGAGCAGAGGGCUAAGCUUUACAUCAUUAGAAGAUGUGUGGUCAUGCUCCUUUGUUGGCAUGAUUGAAUAUGAACGCUAGUUUGCAGGGCUACGAGGAUGAGAUCAUGAUGAAGAACUUUCUUUUUCUUUUUUUUUUUCUUUUUUUUUUUUUUAAUAUAUAUGGUGGAGUGUAAAUAGUAGCGGCUGAUAUUAUCACCAAAUUUUUUGUAUCAGUUUGGCCUCAAAAGUGAUCUAGAUGUACAUCGGAUAGCAUUAUCUUAGUUAUUUAAUAGUCUCUUUGAUGUUGUUCUCUA